CUCACCCCAGGAUCUGACCUCUGGGGCAAAGGACGCCGGGGAGGGGGCCUCCAUGGGUUAAUUAUUAACCCCUGCACCUCUGGUCACCACCGGAAGGGAAAGGCCACCACCAGCUGGGUGAAGUGUCAGCGAGGGCCAUGGGGGUCUCACUGACGCCCCCAGCCCUGGGGCGCUGGUCCCGCCGUGCAAUUCCUUUCUCUGUCUUCACGCUGCUCUGUCUUUACAUCACUCUGCGGCUGUACCGUGAGAGGCCCCUGGCAUUACCGGCUCAGAGACCCCAGCCGUCCGGCCUGUCGGGGCUGGAGCCUCCUCCUCCUCCAGUCCCCACCACCCUGAUUCGCAUCACCUCAGGGGUCCUACCAGGCUGCAGGCCCGGGGCGCAGCCCUGCAACCCAGAGGCACCCCUACCUUCCCAGGUUGGCUCAGAACUGAGAGCCUUGGCGGUCCCUGAGGAGGAAGGGCCUCCCUGCCUGCGGCCUCGGGGCGUGCUGGGUCGCGUGGUGAGCCCCUUCCUGGCCUGUGUGAGCCCCGAAGGGGACGUGGAGCUGUCCCAGUACACGGCGGGGUGGAAGGAGCUACUCAGGUUCCUAAGCCCCCUCGGCCCCGCCUUCGCCUUUGCCACCAGCGAGGCCUCCAGCAAGGUGACAGCCCUGGAGGCUCGCGUGCACGGCCCCGACGCGGCGCACUACACGUCGCUGGCGACGAUGGCGACGUGGGAGCGGCGGGCAGGGCUGCUGGAGCCGCCCGGGGCCGCCCCCCGAGACGCAGCCCGGCCCUCGGGCUCCCGGACGCUGCUUCUGCUGCACCGCGCGCUGCGCUGGUCCCAGCUCUGCCUCCAGCGGGUGGCGACGGGGGCGCUCGGGGGCCCGGACGCCGGCGCGCAGUGCCAGGACGCCUACAGCAGCGCCCUGGCCGCGCACCACCCCUGGCUGGUCCGCCAGGCCGCGCGCCUGGCCAUGCUCGCCCUCCCGAGCCGCGGCCGCCUGCUGCAGCUGGCGUGCCCCGGGACCGGCGAGGCGGACGCGCGGGCUGCCCUGGCCCGGGCCGCCCGCGUCCUGGAGCGCGUCUACAACCGCACCCAGGGCUUGCUGGCCGGCCACGACCUGCUCCAGCUGGCCUGAAGGGCCCGGCAUCCGGAGACGCUCCGGGGGGCGCGGCCGCGCUUGGAGCGCUCCGGGGAGCGGGCUCUCGUGACGUCACGCAGCCACGGCCCCGCCCCCAGCGGGGCGGCGAGUCCUGGGGAGAUGCUCGCGUCCGGAGCCUCACGGAUCCCGAGGAAGCAAUUCUGUGGUGGCCGUCGACGUCGGACGUCAUGCGCGAUGGCCGCAGAGCUGGCUUGCCGGGGGAAAAGGUGGGGAGACGUGUCAUCCCCGUUCUUGGCUUCUGGAAGACUCCCCCGGAGCGCAUUUCGGCUCCCACGGCUGCCAGCCCGUCCUCUGAGCCCACGCAGCAAACGCACCUGGGCCACCCGCGCUCCAGCGUCCUCACCAGAGGAGCGCCUCCUUCUGUGCCCCUGUCUGAAGCCUGUGCAUCGCGCUCUCCGCAGUGUGGAGGUCUCCUCCGUCGCGCCCGUACCAGUGAGCAGGAAAGAAUUUCACCAUUGCGUAUACUAACUCCCGAAUGCUCUUUAUCCGGCUGGCCACAUGGCAUUUUCACUUGGAUGCCAACUGCGCAUAGCACACCUAGCAGGUUCAGACCUAGUUCCUAACGCUUCCUCCCCCUCCUCCUCCUCCUCCUCCAUCUCCUCUCCCCCUCCUCCUACGGUAUCCCUCCAUAGUCAUGGGAGCUCAGUAAAGAAAAAAAAUCUUAAAAAGCAAUGCAUUGAUAAAGGAUUUGGGGGUAUUGUUGCAGAAACACAACCAAGAAAAAAGAACAUGAAUAAAAUUUAAAAAAAUGAAUA